CGGCUAUGGCUUCCUCAAUUCCCUCUCUGCGGUCGCUCUCCAAGUUUGCGCUCGGCGGUGCGCAGCUGUUCCUGGGUUCUGGGUCUACGGUGCUGGGUGGUACUCCGAAGACAUGCUCUACGACAGGGCAGCUUAGCUGCCACAACACCACGGCGGUAGCAGACCUCUGCUGCUUCAACGCGCCUGGCGGACAGCUCCUCCAGACACAAUUCUGGGACACGGACCCAGCCACCGGACCGUCAGAUUCAUGGACCAUUCACGGCUUAUGGCCAGAUCACUGUGACGGCACCUUCGACGCCAACUGCGACACCAGCCGGGCAUAUACCGGAAUCGGGGAUAUUUUGACCAGCUUCGGCAAGACGGAUGUACUCACCUAUAUGCAGACGUACUGGAAAGACUAUCAGGGCAAUGACGAGUCAUUCUGGGAGCAUGAAUGGGGCAAACAUGGCACUUGCGUCAGCACCUAUGACACAGAUUGCUACACCGACUACCAGGCAAAGGAGGAAGCUGCAGAUUUCUUUGAGAGGACCGUCAACCUCUUCAAGACUCUUCCAUCUUAUACUUGGCUACAAGCAGCCGGCAUUGUCCCUUCCAGCACUGCUACAUACACCGCUGCCGCCAUCCAAGCCGCGCUAGGGAAGAAUCGCAAUGGCGUUGAGGUCACUUUGGGCUGCAGCAACGGCGCGCUCAACGAGAUCUGGUACCACUACAAUGUGAAGGGUAGCGUCCAAACGGGCGAGUUCGUAGUCGCUGCCCCUGACGGUAGCAAGUCGACAUGCCCUGACACUGGGAUCAAAUACCUCCCAAAGAGUGGCAGUGGUGGAGGGUCACCAACAACGACUUUCGUCACCGGGACUAAGACGAGCACUUCGGCUCCUACGAGUACUGGGGGUGCUUUUUCCGGUAAAGGCUACUUGAAUGUGUCUACGGGUGGUGCGGCAACGGGAUGUCUGAUCUCGGCUGGCACAUGGUACACAUCGGGUACUUGCGCAACCUACACGGCUGCCACGAGCGGAUCGGGUUUCACGCUGUCAACUUCCAAGGGGAAGUGUGCUGUUGUGUCUGGUGCCUUCACCUGCGGAUCGAGUGUCAGCUCUGCGACUGUCUUCACCGCUAGCAGUGGCAAGCUGGCAGCGAACGGCAGUGCGAACUUCUAUGCGGAUGCUGUCGCGAGUGGGAGCACCCAAGAAACGGUGUAUACCAGCAGUCAUUCGACGAGCUUGACGAUUACAUGGCAGAGCGUGUAGGCCGUUCAGGGUUACGAUAUGUCACAAUUUCUAGCAUUUAUGGAUUGGGUUGCACAUAAACAUAUAUAUGACGAUUUGAAAUUCUUACUUCUAAAGUCAAUACCUUGUAGCCGCAAUUGAAUAUGCUGUCUCUUUAGAAUCAACUUGGCGGUUCUAACUCGCUUUGUGGAG